CAGGCACAAAUAUCAACCUCAACUCUCCCUCUCCCUCCCCCCAAUCCCCGUCUCUUUCUCUCCCUCCUCUCUCGACAGAGCAAAGAGAGGAAGAAACGCAAAAUAAAAAAUUAGUCAAGCUAGUUUCUGAAUCAUGGGCAACAAUUGCAUAUCUCCCAUGAAAUCCAUAGCCCCAUCAACCUCGACGACGGGCGUCACCUCAACCACACAGGGCAACCUCUCGACCAUCAGCAGCACCGAUUUCGGCCGGUCAAGGGACGGCACAAGGGACGGCACAGCCACAAGCCCCCAAGGUCAUAUUCUCGAGGCCCCCAAUCUCAAGAUCUUCACCUUCGCCGAGCUAAGAAGCGCAACGAAGAAUUUCAAGCCCGAAACUGUUCUUGGCGAGGGAGGGUUCGGGAGAGUUUACAAAGGCUGGGUCGAUGAAAGGACUCUGAGUCCAACCAAGAGCGGGCUUGGCAUGAUGAUCGCUGUGAAAAAACUCAAGCCCGAGAGCGUUCAGGGGUUAGAGCAGUGGCAGGCGGAGGUGGAUUUUCUGGGGAGGGUUUCGCACCCGAAUCUGGUGAAGCUCUUGGGUUAUUGUUGGGAGGACAAGGAUCUUUUGCUUGUUUAUGAGUACAUGGCAAGAGGGAGCUUAGAGAAUCAUCUCUUUAGAAGAGGAGGAGCUUUCCAGCCAUUAUCAUGGAGAUUAAGGCUAAAGAUAGUAUUAGGAGCAGCACGAGGCCUUGCUUUCCUACAUUCAUCUGAGAAGCACGUGAUCUAUAGGGACUUCAAGGCGUCUAACAUCCUUCUAGACUCGGAUUACAAUGCGAAGCUCUCCGACUUCGGACUCGUGAGGAAAGGUCCCACGGGUGAAGAUACUCACGUGACCACACGCGUCAUGGGCACCUUUGGAUACGCAGCUCCUGAGUAUAUUAACACUGGUCAUCUCUAUGUAAGGAGUGAUGUAUACGGAUUCGGUGUAGUGCUGCUUGAAAUGAUCACAGGUCAGAGAGCGUUCGAUCUCAACCGUCCAAGCGGACAGCAUAAUUUAGUGGACUGGGCCAAGCCUUAUUUAAUGGACCGCAAAAAGCUCACUCAGAUCGUCGACCCUCAGCUCGACGGCCAGUGCAAACCUAAGGCUACAAUUCAAGCGGCGCAAUUGAUUCUCAAAUGUGUAGCCCAAAAUCCCAGACACCGGCCGUCGAUGAACGAUGUAGUUGAGAGCCUUGAGAAAAUUGAAGCCGCUCAGCAAACUGAAGCCCGGCCCCAUAGAAUGUCGAGGGUGAGGUGAAUACUUCGGGGGCAUCGUCAAAGAUUUGUAUUUGAGACGAAUCAUAUUUUUAAUUUGAUCAUGUGCUAUAUA